AUGGAUAAUCCUCCACCUCCUGAUCGUCAAAUAAAUUCAAUUCCAUAUCCUCGAACAAGUUUAUUAACUGAAGAGAGAUUAUUUGAUCCAUCAACUGGUUUACCAUCUAUUAGCCGUUUAACAAAACAUUUACAAGAUGAAGGUCGUCUUGAUGAAAGAUGUGCUUUACGUCUUGUUGAACUUGCUCGAAAUAUCUUCGAACGUGAACCAAAUAUAUUAGUUGUUCAACGACCAGUAACUAUUGUUGCUGAUAUACAUGGACAAUUUUAUGAUCUAUUAACAAUAUUAGCAGCUGGUGGUGAUCCAGCUAAAACUCGUUAUUUAUUCUUAGGUGAUUAUGUUGAUCGAGGUCAAUUUGAAUGUGAAUGUAUAUUUUUAUUAUUUGCACUCAAAAUUAAAUAUCCCAAUAAUAUUAAUUUACUUCGUGGAAAUCAUGAAACUCGUCAAAUGACAAAAGCAUUUCAAUUUAAAUUAGAAUGUGAAAAGAAAUAUUGUUCAAAAGCAUUGUACAAUGCUUGUAUGAAUGCUUUCGAUGCAUUACCUAUAUGUGCUCAUGUUGAUUCACGUUUUCUCUGUAUGCAUGCCGGUAUAUCACCUGAUAUUCAAACAUUAGAAGACAUUGCAAAUCUUGAUCGUUUUAAAGAAACGCCUCAUUCAGGUCCAUUAUGUGAUUUACUUUGGUCUGAUCCAAGUGAAGAUUUUGAUACAGUUAGUGAUGCACAACCAAAUUUUAAAGCAAAUAAUGUUCGUGGUUGUUCCUAUUUUUUUUCAUAUUAUGCAUGUCGAGAUUUUCUUUUACGAAAUAAUCUCUUAUCAAUAAUACGCGGACAUGAAGUCCAAAAAGAUGGUGUACGAUGGUUUCGAAAAUCAUCUCGUACAAAUUUUCCUGUUGUUAUUUCACUUUUUUCAGCACCGAAUUACUGUGAUACAUAUAAUAAUGUUGCGGCUAUACUUAAAAUUAGUCCAGAUCAAAAAUUAUCUGUUAUACAUAUUCAACCACAUGGGCAUCCAUUCGUUUUACCAAAUUAUGAAAAUGGAUUUCAAUUGGGUGAACGAUGUAUUGUUUAUUUUGCUACACAACUUCUUCUUUCGUUUCUUAAUAUGUAUUCACCUGACGAAUUAGCUGCAGAUGAUGGUCGUAUGGACAAAACUGGUAUGGAAUUAUUAAAGAAAAAGAAAUUAAUUGAAUCAAUGGAGCAUGCAUAUAAGGAAGUGAAAAAAACAAAUAAUAUUGCACUUAAUUUACGUGGUCUUACACCAUCUUAUAAAGCUUAUAAAGAAUUAUUAGCUCGACCAGAUGUCAAGGCAUUAGUUCAUGAAGCUGAAAAAGGACGAAUUAAAGAUUAUGAUCAAGCUUUACAAUUAGAUCAAAUAUUUGAACGACGACCAUCAACUUAA